CGAGUGUCAGGGAUCGACGCUGAGCAGCCGCGGCAUCAGGCUGGAUCUCAAGGCAGCGACCGCGAACGUCGGCGUCCGGCGCGGCGCUCGGCCUUCUGCCUGCUCGCGAGCCGGGAUCUGCACAGCGUGCGGUGUGGAGCAGCAAAGGCAGCAGGCGCCGUGGCCGUGCGCCGCCGCGAGGCUCGCUUCGCCGCCGUGGCAGCUCGCUUGCGUGCCUGGCUUGGUGCCUGGACGCGCCUCCGCUCCGUCACUUCUCACCCUCACACCCCUUCACCCCGCCGCACACGCCGCCAUGUCGACGACCAACCCGGGCACUGUCGCGGACCCGCACGUCAUGCCGCCGUACGUCGUGCGCCGCGCCCUGCGCGUCAUUCUCUCGCGCGACUUUCUCGCCUCGCUGCCCUCGCAGUUCCGCCUGCCUCGCUGGCUCUCCUCCUUUCUCUUCCUGCUGCUCGUCGCCAACAUCAAGUCCUUUCCGCUCGUCUGGCACUUCCGCGUCUUCCUGCCCGCCAUCUGGUCGCGCAUGAAGGCACGCCCCAGCGUCCACCCGCUGUUGCCCUGGAUUCGCAGCCAGCGCUUCCCGACGACGAGCCCGGGCACGAGUCCGAGCUUGAAGCUCAGCAGUCUGCCGCUGGGCAGAGAUCUCUUUGCCGAUGUCAGCACGGCUUGCUUCCGCGCCUGGCCGGAUGACUGUGACUGGAACGGACAUGUCUCCAACUCGUGCUACUCCAAGAUCCUCGACUAUGCGCGCAUGGGCCAUCUCUCUCCUCGCUUCCUUCGCUUCCAUUUCGAUGGCGGCUGGAUGGCUCUGGGCGGCGCAGCCCUCGCCUUCCACAAGGAGAUUCCGGCGCUGAGCAAGUUCGAAGUGAAGAUGAAUGUCGAGGCGUGGGACGACAAGUGGUGCUACGUGGUGGCCCGCUUCGUCUCUCCUGCCAAGGGUCCCCAGCGUCCUCCGCCGGGCGCCAAGCGCACACUCUCGGCGCAGAACCUGCGCAAGCUCCUCAAAGACGCAGCGCAGCCACAAGGCAAGCCUCCAGUGACGGAGCUGCCCGGCGAGGCUGAGGAAGCCGAAGGCGCACCUGCGCCCAUCGAGGAUCCCAUCGCUGGCCGCACGCUCUACUGCACCGCCGUCUCUCGCUACUGCUUCAAGUCUGGACGCCGCACGAUUCCGCCGUGGUUCGUGCUCGCCACCUCCGGCUACGGCACCUUUGCAUCGACGCGCGCCAACUGGGAGAAGGCAGAGGCGCUGCGCCGUCAGGUGUUGAGCAAUGCGCGCGCGGAGCACAAGCAGAAGCAUGGAGCGCCUCUGCCGAGAGAUGGCGUGGUGGCGGGACAUGGACAUCGCAAGGCGGGCAUUCUGACGCGGUAUGAUCCUGCGCGCCCGGAGGGAGCAGGCAAGGAGGAUGAGAGGGGCUUGGGAGCUUGGCAGGACAAGUCGUCGUGGGCGCUGGCCGAGUUCGAGGAGCGACGAGUGCGUGGCUUGGAGCGUCUGCGCGCCAUCGGCGGCGUGAUCCCUUCGCCCGUCUCUACGCCUGCCUCGUAAGGCGCGUCUCUGUUGCCGAGACGCCUCCUCGGCCGCUCUGUCCUCGCUCGCUGCGCUGCUGUGGUAAUUGCAUCGAUGUUAUUCACGGCCUCACGCG